AUGGAAAAAUCUGGCUUCGAAGAUCUGGUAUCAAAUCUGGUUCUGAAGAGUGAAUCUGUGCAGUGGUUUGACGCAUGGUGCGAGAUCUACUUCUGUAGCAUGAUAAGGCUGGAUGCCAGCGAGAUCAUGACGGGAAACCGGAACUUGGGCAACGCCUUUUGGUGCCCGGACAUUCAGAUGCGCUACAUCGCGCGUGCCAUCGAAGAACGAGGGACUGCAGCCGUGAUCGUCUUGACGAAAUGGGAUGCUGUUCCCAACAAAGAUGCGACGUCACAGGAACGCUUCAUUCAGGCCAUUCGAAGCAACUUGGGUGGCGUGGGACAAUGGGCAGAAGUGGUGGCGUGCUCCGCAAAGACGGGACAGCGCAUCUCUAAGGUGAUUGAUGCCAUUGACAAGACCCUAGCAGCUCAUAGGAAGCGUAUCCCGACCCAUGUCUUGAAUGAGGUCAUUCGUGACGCGUUGCUGUGGAAACUUCCACCUGCCAAGGCCUACAAUUCCAAGCAGGGUCGUGUCUAUUACGCCACCCAAACGGCCAUUGAGCCGCCCCAGUUGGUGCUGUUCUGCAACAACCCGAAGCUCUUCGGUCCAAACUACAAAAUCUAUUUGGAGAACAAGAUCCGACAGGAUCUGGGCUGGUUCGGCACCCCGUUCCAGGUGGAGUACCGCAAGAGGACGGAGAAGCGUGCCGUCUCCCAGGCCGAACAAUGGCUAGGCGACCGCCACAACCAACAGAUGCUACUCAGCCGGAGGAUUGCUGAGAAGUUUCCCACCUUCCACGUGGCACGCGCGUGUUCCUUUCAGGACACCACGGGGCCACGGGGCGGGCAGCGGCGUCCUUGGUACCACGAGACGGCCGAGGCCUACACGGUGCAACUGGACUCCAGCGGCCCACAGGAUCUUACCGUCCUGCAGGGCUCGCCGCUGCCUCCCUUGUCCUUGGCCUUGCCGGUGCAAGACGUGCAAGACACGCUGCAGGACUCCAGCAUUGCUCGAGAUCCCACGCUGCAAAGCGUGGGUCGAAGUUCGGAGUUGGAUACCCUGCAUAGCCUGCACAUUAAUCCAGGUGGCCAGCGGCGGGUCGAGCUGGGGGGUGGCGAAGGGCUCCUGCUCCUCCUUUCGCUUCCCGCGGCCACGUUUGGCCGCUGCCCUCGUGCGCCCCGUGCCCACCAUGUGCUGGACGUGGGGACGGACGUCCGAGUGGAACUGCGGGAGGAAACGGAAGCCACGGGACAGUGGUCCGGCAAUAAGGUGUGGCCUGGAGCCUUGGCACUGCUGGGACAUUUGAAUGACCACUACGACCUCCAAAACCUCUCGGUUUUGGAGCUUGGCUGUGGCUUACCCUUCCUGGCCGCCGCGCUUAGUGGGCUCGGAGCGCAGGUGUGUGCCACGGAUCACCCGAGGGUCAUCCAUCGUGUUGCGGAAGCGCUGGGCGCCCAGGGUUUGCUGAAACUCGACGAGAAACUGCAGCAAAACAUCCGCAGCCAAGCUGUUUUGAGCCCUUCGCAUGGGGUGAAGAGCUGCCACUUUGUGCUGCUGAUGUUCAGUUGGUGGCUGCUUGGCGCGGGAUGUUGUUUGGAGACGCCCUGUAUUCAGGUUGGCGCCGACUUGGCCACUUGGCAUAUGGGUUCUGCCGUUUCCAUACGGGCAUCCGAGAGAAAUGCCCCAAAGAAGGGAGUUCGACGGGUCUAUGACGGUUUCCCCGUCGAUGCCCUCUACGACAGCACCGUGCAGUUGCUGCACUCGCGGGACCGCGCAGUCGCUGCAGUCUUUGCGUUGCAACCGAGGAAGUUCCCGAUGACGGCGGCCUUGAAGGAACCACAACUCAUCGGAAAGUUCCUCCGUCGCUUUGCACAGCAGGGCUGGCAAGUGUCGAUGGAACCCGUGCGUCAAGAGGCGCUUGGAAUGUCGCAACAGCCCCGGGUCGAUGGCGAAUGCGAUCGAGGGGGAUCAGAAGGUCUGGUCAUUGCCACCAUCUCUUCUGCGGAAAUCCCCAAGAACAACGGAAAGAAGAAGGAGUUGCGCUAUCAACGAGAGGAGCUGAGAAGGGAUGAAUUGUGACCGCAGGUGGAGAAGUUUCUACAGAUUCUCUGGCUGCUCGCCACCUCUCGCCGGCGAUGAAUCAAACGUUCAAUCUGCGAAGCAUCGAACCAAGCACAUAUGAGUUCUCCCUUUGACUUUUGAUCCGCUUCGGACGACGGCAGGUCAGCACCACGACCCUAGCGCGAAAAGAUGUCAAGACAGCGGGACAGCUCCCUGGGAAGCGGCAUAG